CACCAAUCACAAACAAGAUUGGAGCUAGCUCUCUCUCUCUCUCUCUCUCUCUCUCUUCCUUCCCUACAUAGUAUCCGUAACUAUGAUACCAGGAACGACGGCAAUACGCAUGCGGGCUGGAGAUAAUCGCAGAGAACCUAAGAGGAGUUAGAGGGAAGCUUUUAAUCUUUGACGGUAACCGGGCUCUUUCUUGCGCGUGGGAUUCUGGGAAAGAAAAGGGAAGCGCGGUCUCAGUGGGGUUGGAAUCAAGCAGUGUUUCUCAAAUGUUUGGUAGCCUGGAUUUUCCUUAUCACGUAAAGUAACCAGAUGACUUCACCAAGUAAAGCACUGGAGCUACAGCUGCAAGUACGGCAAAAUGCAGAAGAGCUACAAGAUUUUGUGAAAGACUUAGAAAGCUGGGAAAAGGAUAUUAAAGAAAAGGAUUUAGAUUUAAGGAGGCAAACUGGUGCCCUAGAAAAGGAUUUACCUCCAAUUCGAAAUGAAACAUAUAAGAAAAAGAAGAGGAAGAAGAUUAAGGCAGUCUCUAAAAAAACCACUGAAGAAAAUCAAAAGAAUAAAAUAAAAUCUUAUGAUUAUGAAGCAUGGGAAAAGCUUGAUGUGGAUAAGAUCCUCGAAGAACUAGAUAAGCAAGACAGUACCCAUGAUUCAGUGUCUCUAGAGUCAGAUUCUGAAGAAGAUGGAAUUCAUGUAGAUACAGAAAAGGCACUUGCUGAGAAAGAAAAGGGCAAUGACCAUUUUAAACAAGGAAAUUAUGAUGCUGCAAUAGAGUGUUAUACAAAAGGAAUGAAUGCAGAUCCUUACAAUCCAGUUUUACCUACAAACAGAGCGUCUGCCUUUUUUCGAAUGAAAAAGUAUUCUGUGGCGGAAUCAGAUUGUAACUUAGCACUUGCUAUAAAUAAAAAUUAUACAAAGGCUUAUUCCAGAAGAGGAGCAGCUCGCUUUGCUUUGCAGAAUUUUAUGGGUGCUAAAGAAGAUUAUGAAAAAGUUUUAGAAUUGGAUCCAAAUAACUUUGAAGCAAAAAGUGAACUUCGGAAAAUUGAACAGGCUGUCAUGUCAAAAGAAAAUUCUCAGUCUGAAGAAACAGACAAUUACAAGAGCGUGCAAACUAUAGAAGAAAUUAAACAAAUUGAUAUGGAACAGCUUAAACAAAAGGCUAUUGCAGAAAAAGAUUUGGGUAAUGGAUAUUUCAAAGAAGGUAAAUAUGAAGCGGCAGUAGAAUGUUACACACGUGGAAUUGCAGCAGAUGGCACCAAUGCUCUUCUCCCAGCAAACAGAGCUAUGGCCUAUCUAAAAAUCCAAAAGUAUGAAGAGGCAGAGAAAGAUUGUUGUCAAGCUUUAUUACUGGAUUCUUCAUAUUCUAAAGCCUAUGCUAGAAGAGGAACUGCUAGAGGAGCACUGGGAAAACUUGAAGAAGCUAUACAAGAUUUUGAAAUGGUCUUGAAGCUGGAACCUGGAAAUAAGCAAGCAAUUAAUGAAAUGGCAAAACUUAAGAAUGACUUAAUCACAAAAGGCCUGUGCCCCAAUCAGAAAUGUCUUGGACUAUUAAAGAAUGAGAUGGAACUGCAAAACCUAGUGAAACCUAUUGAUAAACCCAUUCAUCAUAGAUCAAUAAAACCCUUGAGAAGAAUAAUCAUUGAAGAAGUGGAUGAUGAGAUGCCAAGCAUUAAUUCAACAGCUAACAUCGACCUACACACUGGUUGGCCCAUUUCUUCAAGUACAGAACCAACGCAAAUCAUAGCGCCUACAAAGAAUCCAGGGAAAGAUUACUUCUGUUCUCCGACUGAAACUCCCAAAGCAAAGCUACUGAAAAUUGAAGAAAUAAGUGAUUCUUUAGCUAUACACAAUGAGAAAGAGGGACCAUCCUCUGCUCUACAGUCUUGCAGUUUGAAAAAACAGGCUGAGACAGAAAGCCCAGCUCUCCUUCCUGAAUCUAUAUUUGCUGUGCCUUCAGUCCCCCUGAAUGCUUUCCAGCUGGAAUCGGAUUUCAGAAAAUUAAAAGGUUUCCCUGAUCAGUUGUACACUUAUUUGAAGCAAAUUGAUCCAUCACUUUUCCCUAAUCUAUUCCAAAACUCCUUGGAUCCAGAUGUAUUUAGUGAAAUUUUGAAAACUCUGCAGGGAUUUUACAUUAGAAAAGAGGAGCCUUCUCUGAUCUUAGAAAUUCUGCAGAAACUGUCGGAAUCAAAACGAUUUGAUAUGGCAGUACUGUUUAUGUCAGACUCAGAGAAAAAAGCUGUGCGUUCAUUGUUUGGUCAUUUGGAACAGGUGGGAUUAAAUGAUUCUUCAGUUAAAGACCUCAAGACAAGAUACAGAAUUUGUGGCUAGCUGCCUACAUCUGUAUGGACGAAGACACCAACUGUCUGUGCACCUUUACUGUAAGGCAUUUGUAACUUUUAGGAAGAGAUUCCAACCUGAGCAAAGUGCCUUCUGCUCAUAAAUAUGGGAGUUAAUUUCCACAAUCCCAAUUGUAUUCCCCUGUGCUGAUUCCCAUAUUAUUUAGGUUCCCAAUCAUCUGUAUUGGCUGGGUAAGAACGCUGCAUGCAUGGUUCUUCGGAUUCAAGCUUAUGAAAAGCUAAAGGUGUAAUGCCUAGCGUUGAUCUUCCAGUUAAUCAGGAGACGUUCUACAGUGCAGUAGCUGACCCUUGAUUUAAGCAGGAUUUUUCAUUCAUAUUGUAGAAUUCAACUGACAUUGUGCUGUUAUGCAAUUCUUACAAUCUUUCUGUAACAAGCAAGAUUUUUGCUUGUUAAAAUCCUUUUGGAUUUUUGUUCUUAUAAAUAAAUUUACAAAUACUUAAUUCCAAAA